GAUGUAGGUAUAUACCUACAUACAUGUUGUAGCUAUCGCUCACUCCCUUCACUGCCCGUCACCUGUCACCACCAUGACGACCUACGUGCCCCAGAUCACCCUUCCCGCCGCCCUCUUCGCUGCACCCGCCGCGUCCAUCCUGUUGCCCGUCGUCGCCGGUAGCAGCGUGGGCUACCUCACCCGCCCCCAGACGGACAGCAAGUACAAGGCCCUAAAGCAGCCGCCUUUAUGUCCACCGGCCUGGGUUUUCGGCCCUGUAUGGACCCUGCUCUAUGCGACCAUGGGCUACGCCGCGCACCGCUCUUGGUCGACUGCCAUGGGCUCGUUUGACGGCCACAAGGUGCUGAGCGCAAAGCAUGGCGCGACACUCUACACCAUCCAGCUCGGGCUCAACCUGAUCUGGAUGCCUCUAUUCUUCGGCUUCGGUCGUCCCAUUGAGGCCACGGCAGACAUUGUCGCCCUGACUGGUGUUACCGGGUACCUCGCAUACAUCUGGAGCCAGGUUGACCAAACAGCCGCCUGGCUUUUGGUGCCCUAUCUGGGCUGGCUAGGCUUUGCUACCUACCUCAGUGCUGGUUGCGGUUAUUUAAACAACUGGAAUUUCAAGGGAAUUGGUAGUACAAAGAAAACUCAGUAAGGUCUUUGUAGUUAUGUAGUAAAAACAUACAGUGGUACCUUAGAUACAUUAUAUUGUCGGAUAGCAAUUAGAACCCUUUAGGCGUAGGCAGAUUUACGUAUGAGUAAAUACGAUUAUCUGGCAUAGUAGUAU